UAGUAGUAUUGAUAGAUUCAUAGAUAAGUACAACAAAUUAGGAUUUAAAAUACAAGUAAUAUUGUAAUCAUACUAAAGAUAAGGAUAAAUAUUAAAAAAAAAAAGAAAAAAAAAGAAAAUAGUAAAAGUAUUCUAAUUCUCACGUGAAACCUCCCCUUAUACUCAUCUCUUUACUCUUAUCUUAUUAUGUUUACUUUAUUACCCAUGUUCUUACUAAAAUGGUUGAGAAACAUAAACACAAACAAUCACAUUUUUCAACCCCGCAGCACCAGCACCAUACUUGCACAAUUACACCCCUAUUCCUCACUCGCCACUGCCACGCGACCCCAACACCACCACUAGCGUGCCACCAACCUCUAAGGCAUCCACCUCCUGUUCUCAAUUAAAAUAAAAACCCUUUCCCUUUGUGUUAAAUUGAAGUUAGGGUGUACAAAUUGAAAUUUGGAUUUUUCAUUCAAGUUCAAUUUGGGUAAAAUCAGUUCAUAAAUGGGUUAGUAUAUAGCAUUGAAUCGAAGAAUCAGAUACCUAAGGGGACAGAUUUUGAGAAGAUUGAGAUUGACGAAGUCAAUGGCAGCUGAAAGCGUAAAGAUUAGCAAUUAUUAAAAUAAUCUCAACCAAUCACAUAAAAGAAUAGAUUGUUUUGUAGGUAUAUAUCCGGUUUAAUUUAAAUCGUUGAUGAAGCCUAUGACUUGAUUCGUGGAAGUUGUACAUGUCUCAAAUAUCCAAAAAGUUGGGCAAUUGCUUUAGAAGUCAGUUUACUGUUCCUAGAGUUGAAGUCCUGACGAAAGUUGUAGAUGGAGACAGUGCGUUGUUCCCCACGAUACAGGUCUGAAGAAGACAUUGACUGGAAGUUACGAAAAUUAUGUUUUCUGUUUUUAGUUAAUGUAAAAGGUUAAAAUUUAAUUAGUUGCUUAAUUAAAUUUAUUUAUUAAUUGGCAAAAUAUUUUUAAUACGCCUAAAAACAUGGAGAAGACUAAUUCCUUGUUUAUCUCCUAUAAACUCGGACAUCCAAGAGACUUGUUCUCUACUUUGAAUUAGUCUCCUACAUUUUAGGAUCUUCCUUUAACCCAUAUAAUAUUAAUUGUACAGCAGUUAUGUUCCACUCCUACUUUCAACUAACUUCCCACUUUCUUUGGGAGCAAGUAAGUUUAUGGAAGUCGUGGGAUAAGUGCAUCUCAUGGAGAACGUGGGCUGAGUGCACUGACGGCUGUUCCCUUUAUAAAAGAGGGAAGCUACGGUUAAGCGGAUAUGAAUAGAGAGUGUCCAUUUAAGGGAGAUUAUUCAAAGAAAAAUAUUUUCUGUUUUUGAAUGCCAAUUAAUUCAUUAUAUUUUUCUUGAGCAACUACUUAAUUUUAAUCUUCAUGAGAAUUGGCCUUGUAAAGGGUAAUUGAUUGUUUUGUUGUAAUUAGACUUAUGGGAAGUCUAAGGGAAUAGAGAAUAGAAUCGAGAGAAGAGAAAGAGAAGGAGAGAAAGAGAAGAGAAGAGAAGUAGGCCUAAGUAGAGAAGCUUUGAGUGAAGCAUUUAGAGUGAAGCAUUUAGAGAAUUGAGAAGCUUCAAGUGAAGCAAACAUUGUUUUGUGUAAUUGUAAUUGAUUGCCUUAACAUAGUGAGAAUUUUGAAAUCCCGGGGGGUCGUGGUUUUUCCUUCUUAUUAGGCCAAGAAGGUUUCCACGUAAAAUCUUUGUCUCCUUUAUUAUUUUUCUUUUCGUUUUUGAGUUUAAGUUUUGUUCUUUACUUGAUACAAUUCCGCAAAAAUUAGAGGAAAAAAUCUUAAACCUACUACACAACAAUUCACCCCCCCUCUUUUUGCAUUCGAUCAUCCAUUAGCAUUCCUACAAUUGGUAUCAGAGCCCUGUUCCUCAUUUAAUCAGGAAAUCCUGAGAGCAGUAUCCUGUUCCCUGGAAAGAUGUUGAAGAUGAACGAGCGCAUGGAAGAGGGGUACUCCACACAAAGACCACCCAUGUUCGAUGGGAAAUUCUAUACUUACUGGAAAAAUAGAAUGAAAAUCUUCAUAAAGGCCGAAAACUAUCAAGUUUGGAGAGUCAUUGAAAUUGGAGACUUUGAGGUGACGACCAUCAACUCCAACAAUAAAGCUGUUCCAAAACCAAUCACUGAAUAUGAAAAAGAAGAUUUUCAAAAGAUGGAGAUGAACGCUCUUGCUAUCAAGUUACUUCACUGUGGGCUUGGUCCAAAUGAGCGCAAUCGUAUUAUGGGUUGCAAAACCGCUAAGCAGAUUUGGGACCUGCUAGAAGUUACCCAUGAAGGUACUAGUGAAGUAAAGCGAUCCAAGAUUGACUUGCUAAUGUCCAAAUAUGAAAGAUUCGUCAUGGAACCGAGGGAAAACAUUCAAGAGAUGUUCACUAGGUUCACAAAUAUUACGAAUGAAUUAGUCUCUCUUGGUAGAAUCAUUCCCGUUGAUGAACAAGUUAGGAAAAUACUUAGGAGUCUUACUCAAGACGAACGCUGGAGAGCUAAGGUCACAGCCAUCCAGGAGUCCAAAGAUUUCACCAAGUUUAAUUUGGAAGAGUUGGCUGGUUCCCUCAUGACUCAUGAAUUGCAUUUGGGAACAGCUGACAGUUCCCGUAACAAAGGACUGGCUCUGGCAGCAGAUGAUAGUGAAGAGUCAGACGCUGGUGAAGAGGAAGCUGCUAUGUUGGCACGUAAAUUCAAAAAAUUCUUCAGGAACAGCAGAUAUAGAAAUCAAAGAAACAACAAAGAAAAAGGAACUGCUAACUUGAAGACAAAUUUUGAAUGCCACAAGUGUGGGAGCACUGAUCACUUCAUCAAGGAUUGCCCUCAAUGGAAAAAUGAGAGGGGCAAGGGAAAAGCAAGAGAAGUUGGUAAACAAUAUAAGAAAGGAAACUUCAAAACUGAUUUUAGAAAGGCAAUGAUCGCAGCUUGGGGUGAUACGGAGAGCGAGGCUGAGACAGAAGCUCCAGUGGAGGAAGAAACCGCAAAUCUGUGUCUCAUGGCAUCUCAUGAAGAGUCUAAGGAAAAAGAGGUAAUGUCUUCUAGUCCAUCUUCUAAACAACUGUCUAAUUUAAGUAAGAAUAAAUUAAUCAAAUUGUUGUUAGAGACACAAGAAAAAUUGAAUGAAAAAACAGCUAAGUGUCUCCAAAUUGAGAAAGACCUCAACUCAAACAAGGAUCAUGUAUAAUAUCUAAAUUCAUUUGGAAUAGAUGUACAAAGCAGAUUUUUUAAUUUGCUAGAUCAGAAUGUUGUUUUGAAAGAGACAAUUGAGAAAUUGAAACAAGAAUUUAUUUUCCUUAGUAUCGAAGUGAAUCAAAACAGAUUGUUAGGAUUAAGUAAAGAUGCAAACAAUAUAUCUACUCACAUGGUUAACACUGAAUUUCAAAAGUUGAAAUCAAAAUUAGAAUCCUACGAAAUUGAAAAUGAAAAUUUGAAAAAUAAAAUAAACUUAAGAGGAAAAGGGAAAUUCAAUGAAAUUCCCAAAUGGAUUCUAAAUGCUAAAAUCAAAAGUAAAGAAGGACUAGGCUAUAUGAAGAAUGAUAAAAAGAAAAAGGUCUAUGUAGAUCUCCCUAGUAGCAAAAUAUGUUCCUUCUGUGGUAAAAGUGGACACCUGAAACAUCAAUGUAUAAAGAAGGAACAGCAUAUCAAAGCAAAUAAAAAUUAUGUCGAACGAAUAUGGAUUAAGAAAUGUGAUUCAAGUAUUGUCGACAAGGAACUCAAGGAUGAAUGGGUUCCUGUACCUAACCAUUAGUUUGCUUUGCAGGUUCAAGUGAGGGGGAACAACUCAUGGUAUCUCGACAGUGGGUGUUCCAAGCAUAUGACGGGUGACAAAUCUAAAUUUCUCUCACUUGAAGCCUAUGAUGGGGGAACAGUAACCUUCGGUGACAACAUGAAGGGUGAGAUAAUUGCCAAAGGAAAGGUUGGAAGGUCUAGUUCCCAUGCCAUCGAUAACGUAUUUUUAGUCGAGAAUUUAAAACACAAUUUGUUAAGUAUUUCUCAAUUUUGCGACAAAGGUAACUCUGUUAAGUUUACUUCUGAACGAUGCAUAAUUUCUAGGAACAGUACAGGAGACCCUGUGCUGGAGGGAAUCAGAAAAGGGAACACCUAUGUGGUGGACCUGGACACUGUUCCCAGAAACAGUCUAACGUGUUUAAGUGUUAUUGAAGAAGACCCACUUCUUUGGCACAAACGUCUAGGUCAUGCUAGUUAUUCAUUGAUUAACACAUUAAGAUCAAAAGACCUAGUAAGAGGAUUACCUGCAAUAAAAUUCCUUAAAAAUGAAGUUUGUGAUCCUUGUGCUAAAGGAAAACAAGUGCGGUCAUCCUUUAAAUCAAAGAACGUUGUGACUACCACUAGACCAUUAGAAUUAAUUCAUAUGGAUUUAUGUGGACCUAUGAGAACACAAAGUUGUAGUGACAAAAGAUAUGUGUUUGUCAUAGUUGAUGAUUUUAGUAGAUUUACUUGGACCUUAUUUUUGGUAAGCAAAGAUGAAGCUUUUGAUGAGUUUGUUUCUUUUGCUAAUAAAAUACAAAAAUCUACCAAUAAUCAAAUCGUUCACAUAAGGUCUGAUCAUGGGAAAGAAUUUGAAAAUUCAAACUUCAUGAAUUAUUGCAAUGAACAUGGCAUAAAUCACAAUUUU